AUGAUGUGGCCUUCAUCCCAAGCUAGUAAAAUAUUGACAUUGCUACUUUUUAUAGUCGUCAUAUAUUGUUUAUAUAUGGACACGUUUCUAUUUCUAAGGAUACAGAAUUACAAAUUGGAUAUAUUCGAUCAAUAUGAUAAUUCAACUCAGGAGACUUCUACUCGUACGUCGAAGAGUCAGAUGAAUUACGAAGAUGUGGUCUGGAUUCCUUGCAGCGUCAAUCCAUUAUGCCAUCCUACUGUUAAAUCUUUGAUGGUAGAUCAUGUUAAUCACUACAUAUAUGGACCUCUGUGCUCGUUAGUCGAUAUAGGCUUGGGUAUAUCAGAAAGACUUUUAUUUAUAACGCCCAAUAUGAUAUCCGUAUUCCACGUUUUCAUAGCAUGUGUCGGAGCUAAGCUUUUGACCUGUCAGAGUCUAGUCGCUAGAAGGAUUGCGGUAGUAUUAUUCCAGUUGAGAAUGUUUCUGGAUGAUUUAGAUGGUCAUGUAGCGAGAGAGAGGAAACAUAUUAAAGGGGAAAGAUCUGAGGUUGGAACUCUUGGUUACUGGGUUGAUGGUCUAUGUGAUCUUCUAGGCGUUGUGGCUAUGAUGUUGGGGAUUUUGGUUUAUUUGAAGAAUAAUCCCCCACGUCGCGGUUACAAAGGCACGCCAGUGAGCACGCUGCCGUAUCAUCAGUUGAAAGAAAUAAAUUCUAAUGAAGAUAUUGAGAAAGAGAAUGUUGAAAUUGGUAUAUCAUAUAAAACGAAAGUCACCUUCCAAAGGAUAGCUCAGAUAAUUGGCUUAUUCUCUGGCCAGAUGUUGUUAUCUUCGCUAGCUUGGAAUAGAUAUAUAGAUUUAUACCAGGAUAUAUUAGAAAAUUCAACAGAAUACGAUGUAUCGAGACGCGAGAGUACUUUUCGUUCUGGUGUUUUCUUCUCAGCUACAUCUCUAUGGAGGAUAGUGAAUCCUCAUAGCUAUUUACAUCUCCUGUCUCUGUCCGUGUUUUGCGAUAAAACCUGGCCAUUUUUAAAAGCCGUCCAUUACGCGGGAUACGGCUGUUUGGUCAUAACAGUUGCCAUAUCGGAAUAUUUGGUACAAAAUAUAAGAACUGCAGUCAUAAACGGUAAUGACGUGUGA